AUGACCCCUGAUGAUGUCACUCGACAGGAAGUGAUGGAAAAGACCUCCGCAGCUGCUGAAUUAAACAGGGACUGCCCGCUGAAUGUACAACACACAACUAGUUUCUAUGGGGAUUUUAAAGUCAAAACAGCGUAUAAACUUGGCCACAACCGCUUAUGCCGUAUCUCAAACGAUGAACGUUCCUUGGCUAGAACGAUUCCACUUGGUGUCGAUAAAAUAAGCAAAGGCUUGAAAUGGUCUCCAAAUGCUUUCCAAAAGAAGCGAGAGCUUCGACCGCUCGUACACCCUAGACACCUGUACACAGCUGACCGUUUGGGUAGUUCAAUGCUUCUACUGAUAGACAAUGAAGCUCAGUCUACAGCCUCACUGACGGUAUUUCCUGAGCGAGCCAAGUGGCAGGCUGUAACGCGUUUCCAUUCCUCUCAGUCAAAUUCGAACAUCGGCCGAAUUGCACUGAAGGUAUUUGAGGAGUUCGAAACUCAGAAGGUUCAACAACACGGUCCAGCGGAUAACACCCUGAAGUUGGAAGUCAAAAAGCACAUGUCCAGUUCAAUUCCGCCUGUCUCUUGA